CAAUAUAAAAUUAUUAUUAUAAAUACGCCUUUCUUGAACCUCUCUUCUCUUCCAUAAUAACAAUUCAACAAGCCAAAAUACUCUCUCUUUUAAUUAAUUUGUCCCUUCUUUAAUGGCUGCUCUUAAGGCCGUCCACGUCUCCGACGUACCCAAUCUCGACCACAAUGCUUCCCUCUCCCUCUACUCCACCCGCUUCUCCACAGGGGUGGAGGUGAAUAAAGGGACGUAUAGGGUUCCCAAGUUUUUGGUGAUAGGCCACAGAGGGAACGGAAUGAACGUCUUACAAUCUGGUGAUCACAGAAUGAGAGCCAUUAAGGAGAACUCCAUUAUCUCCUUUAACGCUGCCGGGAAGUUCCCCCUCGAUUUCGUCGAGUUUGAUGUUCAGGUGACCAAAGAUGGCUGCCCUGUUAUUUUCCAUGAUGACUUCAUCCUAUCUGAAGAUAAUGGUACUGUGUUUGAGAAGAGGGUGACAGAGUUGACCCUAUCAGAGUUCUUGUGUUAUGGUCCCCAAAGUGAGGAAGAGAAAAAGGGAAACAAACUAAUGAGGAAAACAAAAGAUGGAAAGAUGAUGGAGUGGAAUGUUGAGACCGAUGAUUCUCUAUGUACACUCCAACAAGUAUUUCAACAAGUAGAGCCUUCUUUGGGAUUCAAUAUUGAGUUGAAAUUUGAUGAUCAUAUUGUCUAUCAACAAGACCAUCUCACCAAUGUCCUUGAAGCAGUCUUGCAGGUGGUGUUUGACCAUGCAAAAGACAGACCAAUCAUCUUCUCCUCCUUCCAACCAGAUGCUGCCUUGUUUGUGAGGAAAUUACAGGGUGUAUAUCCCGUUUUCUUCCUGACAAAUGGAGGAACUGAGCUUUACUACGAUGUGAGGAGGAACUCCUUCGAGGAGGCCAUGAAGUUGUGCCUGGAGGGUGGUUUACAAGGGAUUGUCUCUGAAGUCAAAGGGGUUUUCAGAAAUCCCGGGGCUGUUAACAAGAUCAAAGAGGCCAAGCUCUCUCUCCUCACAUAUGGCAAAUUGAAUAAUGUAUCUGAGGCAGUGUACAUGCAACACUUGAUGGGGAUUGAUGGGGUGAUUGUUGAUCUUGUUAAAGAGAUAACAGAGGCAGUGGCUGAUCUGAUUCCACAGUCAUCAAAUUUGGGUGAUGGGGAGAGUUUGGCCAGUGGAGAAGGGAAGACAAGGCCUCAGUUCUCAGAAAAGGAGCUUUCAUUUCUUUUUAAGCUCAUCCCAGAAUUGAUACGGCUCUAAUAUAAGGCUCUGUUUGCUUUUUGCAUAGCUGUUCCCAUCUUUUAUGGGCCGUGUAUAUAAACUUACACUUGGUUUUUA